AUGUGCAGGAGGCACUUACCGAAAGCUUUACACCCGUCUAGAGUAGUUUCUGUACCCAUUGGUACCAAAGGCGUUUGUGAAUCAUCUGUCUUACAUACUGCAUUCGUUGAAGGGAUGAAAGCGUAUCAUGUUUACGAAGAUAAUAUAAAAUUUUGUUGUCUUGAUCAGAAGUGGGUAUGUUCAGAGAAAAAUUACUACAAUAAAACCAGCCAAUUGCUGCUUCCCUUGCGAAAAUGUGCAACUAAAGAAGAUUGUCGAGAUAUUCUAGGAGUCUGUCUUUCGGAAUAUUGUUGCCAACCAAUACCAGAGAACUUGAAAUGUCCUUAUGAUCAAACUCCUCCAACCACAACUUGCUCAUCUGAUGACGACUGUGCUGAAGGAACGACUAACCAAAUUGGAUGCUUUCUACCUAAUAAUAAGAUGAAAACGAAAUUCUGCUGUGGUACCAAACCUGGUAUAUUACCCCUGUUCACCAACGACGGUGGUGGCCAUUUAUGGGACAAACGAUGUAAUGAAGAUGCAGCGUAUACCACACGCGAGGAUGACCACUACGUAUGUUGUCGCACACCUUUUGCUCGGAACUUUUACAUACAGUCUGCAAUGGUGAAACCUGUGAUAAACAUCAAUGAGAAACUACCCCAUCACUGUUCCUAUCCCCGUUAUCCCUGUAACGCCGAUGAAUAUUGUGGAAAAGCUGUUUAUCUUUCUGCGUCUUCUGAUGCCACCAGACAUCUGAAUUCUACUCAUAGAUACUGUUUCAAAAAACCAACUUGUGGAGGAGACGUCAUUUAUAAGGACGAUGAACCAGUAACAUGUGCGAGCAGCGAAAACUGUGGUGAAGGCGAAUAUUGUGAUGUCGACAUGACACACAAUGGAUAUACAUCUAAGAAAGGAGAAGUUGUUACUGGCAUCUGUUGUAAAUACACUUGUCCAGAAAUAACAAGCGAUGAUGAAAGCGCUCUUGUUGUUAGCUCAAACAUUCCCAUGACCAAAUAUGGUGUUGUGAAGCCCAGAAGUGACACAGGACAAAUUUGUCGUUUCCCACCGAGAUAUGAUGGAGGUAGAAGCAAAAUGGCCCUUUGUUGUGAAUAUCAUAUGAAAGUGUCUGUUUGUCCGGCAGAAUGGAAUUCACAAGAUCUAUUGGUUCGUUCGAAAACGGUAUCAUGCGAACAACAUUCGGACUGCAAUCUUCGCAAUUCGACAACAGGGGUACUCUGUUACAAAAAAGAAGGGUAUCUUUUUGGAGUCUGUUGUAAACUACAACUGUGCGAUGAUGGUUUCACUAUUCCUGCGCUUGAGCCGGAAUGCGCCACACCUUCAGACUGCGGGCAGAAAAGUCUGGGAUCGGCCACUUGCGAUCCAAAACUGAAAAGAUGUUGUCCUAGAGUAUCACGAGGAAUAAUUGAGCAUACAUACAAAACGAAUACUAGAUGUAAGGUGACAACUGAUUGUGGCUAUGGAUUGCGUUAUUGUGAGGAUAACUAUUGUUGGCUUCUAGGAGAGAGAGACGUUAGAUCGGUGACUAAACAAACAUGCUUUGAUCAGGCAGACUGUUUUGGGGCGUUCAUUAUGGGCGUUUGUGUUGUGGAGCGAGCUGGACAAGUAGGCCAAUGCUAUAGCCACCCUUUCCAAACUAAGUUCAACAAUUUUAAAAAUGUGAACCCAAUUUUGAAAUGGUUCGGAAUUGUUUGCGGACUAUUUUCGAUCAUAUUUGGUUUGAUCUCUGUAAUUUUCUAUUUGAAAUACAGAUCCCGCCACUUUUUCGAAUCGAAAAAGCAUAGUAGAUAUCCAGAUAAAAGAUCUUCCGCUCCAAGCAAGAAUCAAACCGAAACUGCCAGUUUCGAGCUUGAAUCAAACUCAGGAUCUGUAGAAUGUAUUCAAUGCGUACAAGUAUGGCGAUCAGCAUCCGUUAAAGAAUCUCGAGCAUGUGGCCCUCACGCUCCAACCUGUCGAGGAGACGCAUGUUUUAUGAGGCAAUGUAAGCACUGUCCUGUUUACCAGUACAUGUCAGGAUGUGUUCAAUUGACUCCGUGGCAGAUAGCUGACCUAGAGGUGAAUCGUAGGAGUACAGAGCUCCGCAUGCGUCGUGUUGGAGCAGAGUUGCUGUGUGAGGAUUCGUUUAAUCAAACAACAUGUGUGUGCAAUAGAAGAGAUAAGUGUAAUUCAAUUCACGCCAGAUUACCAUACUCAACCUACUCGGAAGGUCUUUUCAAAGGAAUUAUUAAUUUUGAUCAAGUUAUUGGAGCUUUAGAUCCAAGGUAUUUGGAAGUAAUUUCUGGUUACCAUUAUCGUUUUCCUAACAACAUAGGUCCUAUUAAGUUUCAUAUUAGCAUCCUCCUUAUGUGUCUUUUCCUCUGA